AUGUCUGAAGUUGAUAAAGUUGCUGAGCAAGUCCAAAAGACAUACUUGGACGAAGCCACUGGUGAGCAAGUUUCCAAAAGUGAGUUGAAAAAGAGACAAAAGCAAAGAGCCAUCGAGGCUAGAAAAGCUCAAAAAGCACCAGCAGCCGCACAAGAAGGCGCUAAAGCUUCUUCUAAAAAGAAGAAUGAGUUUGCUGAUUUGAAUCCAAAUCAGUUCCACGAAAUCAGGUCACGUCAAAUUGAAGAAUUGAGAGAAAAGAACAAUGCAGACCCAUCUGCUUUCAAUCCUUAUCCUCACAAAUUUGAAGUCACCAAGAGAUUGCACGACUUUGUCAAGGAGUAUAGUCAUUUGAAAAGAGGAGAGUCCUUGAAAGACAUUACUCUUCAAGUCACUGGUAGAAUCAUGACCAAGAGAGAAUCAGGUUCAAAAUUGAAAUUCUACGUUUUGAAGGGCGAUGGUGUUGAAAUACAAGUUAUGGCCCAAGCCCAAGAUGCCGAAUCACCAGAAGCGUUUGAGGAAAUGCACGAUAUCUUGAAAAGAGGUGAUAUAAUUGGUGUUACUGGUUACCCGGGAAGAACUACUCCAGCCAAGGGAGGUGAGGGUGAAUUAUCUGUCUUUGCUCAAAAAGUUCAAUUAUUGACACCUUGUUUGCACAUGUUACCCACUGAGCAUUAUGGUUUCAAAGACCAAGAAGCUAGAUACAGGAAACGUUAUUUGGAUUUGAUCAUGAAUGAUUCAAGUAGGGAAAGAUUUAGAGUUAGAUCUAAAAUCAUUCAGUAUAUUAGAAAGUUUUUGGACCAACGUGAUUUCGUCGAGGUUGAAACACCAAUCUUGAAUGUUAUUGCUGGUGGUGCUACCGCCAAGCCAUUCACCACUCAUCAUAAUGAUUUGAAUAUGGAAAUGUUUAUGAGAAUCGCUCCAGAAUUAUUUUUGAAGGAGUUGGUUGUUGGUGGUAUGGAUAGGGUUUAUGAAAUCGGAAGGCAAUUUAGAAAUGAAGGUAUCGAUAUGACUCACAAUCCUGAAUUCACCACCUGUGAAUUUUACCAAGCAUAUGCUGAUGUAUAUGACUUGAUGGAUAUGACCGAAUUGAUGUUUUCGGAAAUGGUGAAGGAAAUCACUGGUGAUUACAAAAUCACCUACCACCCAGAUGGACCAGAAGGAGAAGCCAUGACUUUGGACUUCUCAAGACCAUGGAAGAGAGUCAAUAUGAUUGAAGAGUUGGAGAAGGUUUACAAUGUUAAAUUCCCAGCUGGUGAUCAAUUGCACACUGCUGAAACUGGCGAAUUUUUGAAAAAAGUGUUGAAAGACAACAAUUUGGAAUGUUCACCACCAUUGACCAAUGCUAGAAUGUUGGACAAAUUAGUGGGUGAAUUGGAAGAUGCAUCAAUCAACCCUACUUUUAUCUUUGGCCAUCCGCAAAUGAUGUCACCCUUGGCCAAGAAGGAUAGAAAGAUUCCUGGACUAUGUGAAAGAUUCGAGGUGUUUGUUGCCACCAAAGAGAUCUGUAAUGCAUACACAGAGUUGAAUGAUCCAUUUGAUCAAAGAGCAAGAUUCGAGGAGCAAGCUAGACAAAAGGCUCAAGGUGAUGACGAAGCUCAAAUGAUUGAUGAAACCUUUUGUAAUGCUUUGGAAUAUGGGUUGCCACCAACUGCUGGUUGGGGUUGUGGUAUUGAUCGUUUAGCUAUGUUCUUGACCGACUCCAACACCAUUAGAGAGGUCUUGUUGUUCCCAACCUUGAAACCUGAUGCUUUGGUCUUGAAAGGUGAAGAAUUUUUGAAAACAGAGGAAUAG